AUGUCGGCCUCCGCCUGCCCCCGGAUCCUGACAAAGCCAGAGACCGCGGACCGGAGGAGGAGUGUAGGGACGGCUGGACAGGCCGGGUGUCCCCCGGAGAUGGCUGUGUCGGAGCCCGGGGGCAGCGCCGCGGGAUCGGUAACAUUCAAAGAUGUGACUAUGGCCUUUACCAAGAAGGAAUGGGAGCAACUAGAUCCUGCUCAAAAGAGCCUGUACAAGGAUGUGAUGCUGGAGAAUUACAGCAACCUAGCCUCAAUGGGGUAUCAAGCUCUCAAACCAGACAUGAUAUCCAAGUUGGGAAAAGAAGAGCCAUGGCUGGGGAAGGGGAAAAGACCCAGACAAGGUGAUCUGAGUGAAAUAGCAAGACCCAAGGGAAUAGGAGCCAAUGAAAAAGUCCAGCAAGAUGAUGACCAGCUAGAGAACCAUCAAGAAUCUCAAAACAAACUCCUUAGGGAAGUUGCUUUCAAGAAAACAACUCUGACUAAGAAAAAGGGCCAUGAAUGUAGUUCAUUGGGGGAAAAAAAUGUGAGUACAAAAUAUGUUCCUUCAAAAAAAAAGCUUCUUAAGUUUGAGUCACAUGGAAAGAAUUUAGACUUACCUGGUCAUGUAAGAAAUUAUGUAGAAAAGAAAGCUGAUGCAGCUAAAGAGCAUACGAAAUCAUUCAGCCAUAGCUUAUCUGAUACAAAGAAAGACAAAAAUCAAACUGGAAAAAAAUGUGAGAAAGUACCCAACCAUAGCUCAUCUAAUAGGCCUGACAAAACUCAAACUGGCAAGAAACAUACUGAACGGGACAAAAUUCAAACUGGAGAAAAACAUAAGGAAUCAUCCAGCCAUAGCUCAUCUCCUACUAAGCGUGACAAAACUCAGAAUAAAGUGAAACCAUUUGAAUGUAAUGAAUGUGGGAAGGUUCUCAGCCACAAACAAGGACUCGUUGACCAUCAGAGAAUUCAUACAGGUGAGAAACCAUAUGAAUGUAAUGAAUGUGGGAUAGCCUUUAGCCAAAAAUCACACCUUGUUGUACACCAGAGAACUCACACUGGAGAAAAACCAUAUGAGUGUAUUCAGUGUGGCAAAGCCCAUGGUCAUAAACAUGCCCUCACUGACCAUCUGAGAGUUCAUACUGGGGAAAAGCCCUAUGAAUGUACUGAAUGUGGGAAAACCUUCAGACAUAGCUCAAACCUUAUUCAACAUGUGAGAUCUCAUACAGGCGAGAAGCCCUAUGAAUGUAAGGAAUGUGGAAAGUCCUUUAGGUAUAACUCAUCUCUUACAGAACAUGUGAGAACUCAUACAGGUGAAAUACCAUAUGAAUGUAAUGAAUGUGGAAAAGCCUUUAAGUAUAGCUCAUCCCUUACUAAACAUAUGAGAAUUCAUACAGGUGAGAAACCCUUUCAAUGUAGUGAAUGUGGGAAAGCUUUCAGCAAGAAGUCACACCUCAGUAUACAUCAAAGAACUCAUACUAAAGAGAAACCCUAUAAAUGUAAUGAAUGUGGAAAAUCCUUUGGACAUAGCUCAUCUCUUACUUACCAUAUGAGAACUCAUACAGGUGAAAGUCCUUUUGAAUGCAAUCAAUGUGGGAAGGGUUUCAAGCAAAUUGAAGGUCUUACUCAACAUCAGAGAGUUCAUACUGGGGAGAAGCCCUAUGAAUGUAAUGAAUGUGGGAAAGCCUUUACCCAAAAGUCACACCUCAUUGUACAUCAGAGAACUCAUACUGGGGAGAAACCCUAUGAAUGUAAUGAAUGUGGAAAAGCGUUCAAUGCAAAGUCACAGCUUGUUAUACAUCAGAGAUCCCACACUGGAGAGAAACCUUAUGAAUGUAAUGAAUGUGGAAAAGCCUUCACACAAAAUGCAUCCCUUACUAAACAUAUGAAAACUCAUUCAGAAGAGAAAUCUCAUGAGUGA